AGAUCAUGCACAUGUAUCAGCUGAGUCGCGUCUUUCCAGCUGUUUUAUGACCGGUGAUUGAGCGACAUCCAGUCCUUUGAACGUAAUGCUUGCGAUCACGAUCUUGAACGUAGAUCGCCAAGUGCGCCAAGAUGUUGUCUUCUUGAUAAGAGCUGGGAAUAACCGAAAGAGGCAUGUCGGUGGAGACAGCUGGACUGCUGAACUCGGAUAAGCCCAGUUUUCACCCACGAUGCUUGGGGUUAUAAGUGAUGAUGCUUCCUUCCCGUCAUCCAACCUCGCAACCACGCCUUGCUUCAACAUGCGGAGCUUCCUUACGGUGCUUGCGCUUUCAUUCGCGGUUCAACUGGCUUUCGCGCAAACGAACUUCACUGGCGAUAUCCUACAUGGUGCACAGGUCAUAACUCAUUUGUCACUUGAGGAUGUACCAUCCAACGCCGUCACACGUUACUAUCUGCGUGUUCCCAGUGUGAGUGGUGGGUGGGAUAUGCAACUCCCAGUGUUCGUCGCCCGCGGAGGCCCAGAAACUUUGAAGACGGGCAAGAAGCUCUCUAUAUCCGCGUCGAUUCAUGGUGAUGAGUUGAGUCCUGUACGUGUUGCACAAGAGCUACUUGUACGGCUCGAGGAAAUAGUCCCACAUCUCAAUGGCACAGUCAUCGGAAUACCAACAGUAAAUCCAACUGGGAAUUACCUGAGUCAACGCAACUACUACACAGCCUCAGGCUCUGGUACUUUGACCAAUGUCAAUCGUGUAUUCCCAGGCGAGGAUCCGGAUGAAGGGUCGAGUGGUCCAGAUGGACUUGCAUUCAUUAUCUGGAACAAUCUCUGGGGCAAUACCUCCAGUGUCGAUGUAGCUGUCGACAUACAUACUUCAAGCACAGGCUCGUCUGCGCCAAUGUGGGUUUACAGUGAUGUCCGCGCUCCAUAUGUGCAGCGCAUGGCAGAGCUGGCCCAGCCCGAUGUUUUAAAGAUCGAUCAAGGAGAACCUGGCAGUAUUGAGACCACAUUUGUCGAGUACGGUGUGCCUGCGAUUACUCUGGAGCUCGGGGCAGCGAAGGUGUGGUACAAGCCCUUUAUCAAGCGAGCCGGCGACUUCAUCGAUCGUCUGAUGGUUGAUUUGAAUAUGCUUCCCGGUAACGGGACUACACCUUAUGUUGCAGACCUAAGCAAGACGUACAUUGGCAACGUCUUUCAUUCUCUGCCCAGCAAGUAUGGUGGAUUCGUCGAAACUUUAGUACAACUCAUGGACGAUGUCGUAGCAGGGCAGGAAGUGGCGAUCGUACGCAAUGCUUGGGGAGAUGUUUUGGAAACAGUGACUGCUCCCGUCAACGGGAAGAUAUUUCAGAUCCCGAGCGAUCCAGCCACUGAGCCAGGGAGGGAUGUAGCUCAAUUGGUUUACAACAGCACAACGAUUCCCGAUUGCGAGGCUGGCUGUAUCGUGUCCUCUAGAGACGCAAUAGUUCGAUGAACGAUGUUAUACAAGUAAUGCCUGCACAACAUUACCGUUAAAGCAAUUGGAUCAAGAGAUUGGGUUCCCAUGACAUGCAUAUACGAUGCGACUGGCUUACGCAUUGUGAAUCCGGACAUUUUAUGGAAAAGUCAGUACUACCUAUCAGGUAGACAAAGAUGCGGUUUAUAUCAAGACUCUACUUCCAAUGCUGUC